AUGGAAGAGGAGUACUUUUUACCAACAGUUUUGAGCAAGGAUUUCUGUUCUACAUGGGGUGGAGGCCAUUUUUCAACCUUUGAUAAAUACCAGUAUGACUUCACUGGGACUUGCAACUAUAUCUUUGCAACUGUAUGUGAUGAAACCAGCCCAGACUUCAACAUUCAGUUCCGCCGUGGGAUGGACAAAAAAAUUGCAAGGAUCAUUAUUGAGCUUGGACCUUCUGUUGUCAUUGUUGAGAAAGGCAGCAUUUCUGUCAGGAGUGUUGGAAUUAUUAAGUUGCCUUAUACUAGCAAUGGAAUUCAAAUAGCACCUUAUGGACACAACAUCCGCCUGGUCGCCAAGCUGAUGGAGAUGGAACUAGUUGUCAUGUGGAACAAUGAUGACUAUCUCAUGGUUUUGGCUGAAAAAAAAUACAUGGGGAAAGUCUGUGGAAUGUGUGGAAAUUAUGAUGGUUAUGAGUUGAAUGAAUUUGUGCGUGAAGGUAAAUUGCUGGAUACGUACAAAUUUGCUGCAUUACAAAAAAUGGAUGAUCCAUCAGAGAUCUGCCUGUCUGAGGAGAUACCAAUUUCCACUGUUCCUCACAAAAAAUAUGCCAUGAUCUGCUCUCAGCUACUUAAUUUGGUGUCACCAACCUGCAGUGUGCCAAAGGACGGGUUUGUCAUUCGUUGCCAGCUUGAUAUGCAGGACUGCAGUGAGCCAGGACAAAACAACUGUGCUUGCUCUACACUGUCAGAAUAUUCAAGGCAAUGUGCUAUGUCCCACCAGAUGGUGUUCAACUGGAGAACUGAAAAUUUCUGUUCUGUGGGAAAAUGUUCUGCAAACCAAAUCUAUGAGGAAUGUGGUUCUCCAUGUAUUAAAACCUGUUCCAACCCAGAGUACAGCUGUUCCAGUCACUGUACCUACGGUUGCUUUUGUCCAGAAGGAACUGUUCUUGAUGAUAUCUCCAAGAAUCGAACGUGUGUUCACAUUAGCCAGUGUCCAUGUACACUGAAUGGGAAACCAUACGCUCCUGGUGAGACAAUGAAAGCAACAUGUAGGACCUGCAAAUGUAUGAUGGGUCAAUGGGACUGCAAAGAUUUGCCCUGUCCUGGAAGGUGUUCACUGGAAGGAGGCUCCUUUGUUACCACGUUUGAUUCUAGGUCGUACAGAUUCCAUGGGGUUUGCACUUAUGUUCUCAUGAAGAGUGCCAGCCUGCCACACAAUGGAACCCUAAUGGCAGUAUACGAAAAGACUGGUUAUUCUCAUUCCGAAACGUCACUUAGUGCUAUAAUUUACCUAUCCGCAAAGGACAAAAUUGUGAUUUCUCAGAAUGAUCUCCUCACAGAUGAUGAUGAACUUAAACGGCUGCCUUACAGAUCAGGAGACAUUACUGUUUUCAGGCAGUCUUCAAUGUAUGUUCAAAUGCAUACAACCUUCGGGCUGGAACUUGUAGUUCAAACAUCACCUGUGUUCCAAGCCCAUGUGAAAGCUGGAUCACAAUUCAGAGGCAGAACACUAGGUUUGUGUGGCAAUUACAAUGGAGACACUACAGAUGACUUCAUGACUAGCAUGGAUAUCACUGAAGGGACAGCCUCCUUGUUUGUAGAUUCCUGGAGGGCAGGAAAUUGCCAUCCUGCUUUAGAGAGAGAGACUGACCCUUGUGCUUUGAGUCAACUAAACAAAAUAUCUGCUGAGACUCAUUGCUCCGUUCUUACCAAGAAGGGUACAGUGUUUGAGAAAUGCCAUGCUGUGGUCAACCCUAUUCCUUUCUACAAGAGAUGUGUCUACCAGGCCUGUAACUAUGAAGAGACCUUUCCAUACAUUUGUUCUGCUCUGGGAUCAUAUGCACGAGCGUGCAGUUCAAUGGGUUUAAUCCUUGAGAACUGGAGAGGCAGUAUGGACAAUUGUACCAUUACUUGCACUGGCAAUCAAACAUUCAGCUACAACGCUCAGGCAUGUGACAGGACAUGCUUGUCACUCUCCAACCGAGCCCUGGAAUGUCAUCCAACUGAUAUUCCUGUUGAAGGCUGCCAGUGCCCUGAAGGACUGUACUUAAACCACAAGAAUGAGUGUGUUCGUAAAUCUCAUUGUCCCUGCUAUUUGGAAGAUAGAAAAUACAUCCUGCCUGACCAGUCAACAAUAACUGGUGGGAUCACCUGCUACUGUGUUAAUGGAAGGCUAAGUUGCACAGGCAAACCUCAAAAUCCUGCAGAAAGCUGCAAAGCUCCUAAGAAAUACAUAUCAUGUUCUGACAGUUUAGAAAACAAGUAUGGAGCUGCUUGUGCCCCUACCUGUCAGAUGCUGGCUACUGGAAUUGAAUGUAUACCAACUAAAUGUGAAUCAGGCUGUGUCUGUGCUGAUGGCCUUUAUGAAAAUCUCGAUGGCAAGUGUGUUCCAGCUGAGGAGUGUCCAUGUGAAUAUGGUGGCCUUUCUUAUGGAAGAGGUGAACAAAUCCAAACUGAAUGUGAGAUCUGCACUUGCACAAAAGGCAAAUGGAAAUGUGUUCAGAAAUCAAGGUGUUCCUCAACUUGUAACCUUUAUGGAGAAGGCCACAUCACCACUUUUGAUGGACAGCGUUUUGUGUUUGAUGGCAACUGUGAAUACAUAUUAGCUACGGAUGGCUGCGGUAUUAAUAGACCUGUUUCCUCUUUCAAAAUUGUUACUGAGAAUGUCAUCUGUGGGAUAUCAGGAGUUACAUGCUCCAGAUCCAUCAGCAUUUACCUUGGGAAUUUGACAAUCAUACUGAGAGAUGAAACCUUCGCUAUUUCUGGGGAAAAUCCUAGUGUACAAUAUCAUGUGAAAAAGAACGCCCUUCACCUGAUGUUUGAUAUCAUUAUCCCAGGAAAAUACAACAUGACCCUUAUUUGGAAUAAGCACAUGAACUUCUUCAUCAAGAUUUCCAGAGGAACACAGGAAACUCUAUGCGGUUUGUGUGGGAACUAUAAUGGCAAUAUGAAGGAUGAUUUUGAAACUCGAAGCAAGUAUGUGGCAUCAAAUGAAUUGGAAUUUGUCAAUUCUUGGAAAGAGAAUCCUCUCUGUGGGGAUGUGUACUUUGUAGUGGAUCCCUGUAGCAAGAACCCUUAUCGUAAAGCAUGGGCAGAAAAGACAUGUUCUGUCAUCAAUGGUGAGGUUUUUUCUGCCUGUCACAAUAAGGUGAAUCGGAUACCCUAUUAUGAGGCCUGUGUUCGAGACUCUUGUGGGUGUGACACUGGAGGGGACUGUGAAUGCAUGUGUGAUGCCAUUGCAGUCUAUGCCAUGGCAUGUUUAGAGAAAGGUAUCUGCAUUGACUGGAGGACCCCUGAGUUCUGUCCUGUCUAUUGUGAAUACUACAAUUCUCAUAAAAGAACAGGAGUUGACAGUGCUUAUUCCUCUGACUACAAUGAUGAGAAAUGCACCUGGCAUUACAGGCCUUGUAAUUGCCCAAAUCAAAACUACAAAUAUGUCAACAUUGAAGGUUGUUACAACUGCUCUUAUGAUGAAUACUUUGACCAUGAAGAGAACAGGUGCAUGCCAUGUGGAGAAGAAAGCAGUAGCACCACGCUUGAAACAUCUUCACCUUCACCAGUAACAACAGUGCAGCCUAAAGUAACAGGAAGCUCUGCUGCAAGCACCCUACCAACAGUACCUAGUGCUUCUGCAACUGCUACAUCAACUGAGAUUACAAAUCCAACAAUAACUGCAAAAACUACAGUUCCGAGAACUUCGCCCAUACAACCUCUUGUCACAACGAAGUCAACAACUGAACAUACAACAUCAAUUUCUACCACACCAAACAUGACUACAACCAUCACUACUCCUUCCAUAACUACCACAACAAAGAGAACCAUGACCACUAUACCAAGGUCUACACCUGCUGCCUCAUCAACCGCUGCUUCAACAGAGACAGAACAAGUACGGUUCACCUCACCGUCCUUCAAGACCACUAUCAAAAAGGAAAUGACAACCUCCUCAUUGCCUACUCAAACCCUGUCUCAGAGCAUAACUUUCAGCGAGCCUAAACUAACAACAGCAGGCAGUGAGGGAAUCCAAACAACCACUCUGCAGGAAAUAGAAG